UGGUUUAACAAACUCUGGUUUAGUUUUGAGCAGACAGAACCAAACUAGUGCAGUCAGGCUUUCUCACAUCAUCGGCUCAUACCUGAUAAAGCUCAGCCGCUGGAUCUGCAACCGCACGCGGACUUCAGUAGGAGAAGAUGCAGCUCCAAGACUGGGUUGAAUCCUCAAUCCGAGCCUUUUUCUGCGUUACAGGCAUCACUGGGAACUUCUGGCUGGCUCUGCGCUCUCUCCCUAGAUCCAGAUCCCGCUUGAGGCCGAAUGACGUGCUCUUCAUCAAUCUGGCCGUCUCCAACCUCAUCACCAACUGCAUGGUGGACCUGCCGGACACUUUAGCGCAGUUUCUGAACAGCUGGCUGUUGAGCAGAAACUACUGCAGCGUGCUUCAGUUUUCAUCAGACCUCUCGGAGACCAGCAGCAUCUUCUCCACCAUGUUCAUCACCCUGUACUGGCACCAGAAGCUGGUGGGCUCCGUCCGGCGCGGUGGAGCCCCGGUGCAGCUGGACAAUCUCCGGCUGGUGCUCUGGCUGCUGCUCGGGAGCUGGAUGGUGGCGUUAACAUUCAGCGUCCCUCACUUCUUCAUAGCUGAACACGACGGAAAUGACACUUUGGAAGUUUGUGAGGAAAAAUUCCCAACUCCUGCGGAGAAAAAGACGUUUGACGGGCUUUAUCUGAUUGUUGCUAAUGUGGUUCCUCUUGUGGGCAUCACGUACGCCAGCGUGCAGAUCGUGGUCACGCUGAUCCAGAGCCAGAAGAGGGUUAAGGAUCACUCCGGAGGAUCAGAGCAGAAGACGGAGGUCAGGUCGUCCGGUAACCCGUCCUCCGGUACUCAUGUGCGGGCGGCGAAGAGUGUGGUGGCGGUGGCCUCGAUCUUCAUCUUCUGCUGGUUCAUUCACCUGGUGCUCCGCAUCUACAGCGGCUUCAGGAACUCCAUCCUGGUGGUCAAGCUGACCAACUUUAUCGGAGCCACAUACACCUGUUUUGUCCCGUAUGUCUACCUGCACGGCGUGAAGAAACUCAACUGCUCUUGUUGCUGGUAGUUUAUUUUUUUAAUGUAUUAUUCCCAUAAACAGUGUAUACAAUUUAUACACGUAUAACGUAUUUAUACACGUACACUGAAAAAAUUAUUCAAAGACAAUUCCUUGGAUUUACUCAAUUUUUUUUACGUUAAGUG